UGAAUUAGACGACCUAUUUGACUAGUCUUCUUUUUCUUCCCAUUAUAUUCCAACAACAACUACUAUAUUUUCAUCAAACUUUCAUUUUCAUAUUUCAUAUUGUAUUGUUUUUGUUCUAGUUCUACCAAAUAAUAUAAUAUCAAUAGUUUCGAGUUCUUGAUCAUUAAAACAUGAAUGAUCUUUUCUCAGGAUCGUUCUCUCGUUACAGAGAGAACGAUCAAGAUUCUCAUAGCAUUGAGAUGGGAGGAGACACAGGAGGUGUCAAUCUUGACAAGUUUUUCGAAGAUGUUGAGGUUAUCAAAGACGAGCUGAAAGGCCUCGAAAAGCUCUAUGCAGAGCUACAAAAUGCUAAUGAGAAGAGUAAGACACUUCACAACGCGAAAGCUGUGAAAGAAAUGAGGUCAAAAAUGGAUGAUGAUGUUAACUUGGCCUUGAAAAAGGCCAAGUUUAUUAAAGUUCGUUUGGAAGCGUUGGAUAGGUCCAACGCUUCCAAUAGGAGCCUCCCCGGUUGUGGACCGGGGAGUUCCUCUGAUAGGACGAGGACAUCUGUUGUUAGUGGAUUGAGAAAGAAACUACAAGAAUCUAUGAAUCAGUUUAAUGAGCUGAGGCAAAAGAUGGCUUCUGAAUAUAGAGAAACAGUUGAAAGAAGAUAUUAUACUGUUACUGGUGAAAAACCUGAUGAACAAGUUCUUGAUACACUCAUAUCUACUGGUCAAAGCGAGACAUUCUUACAAAAGGCAAUACAAGAACAAGGACGAGGUCAAGUGAUGGACACGAUAAUGGAGAUUCAAGAAAGGCAUGAAGCUGUAAAGGAGAUCGAGAGAAACUUGAAAGAACUUCAUCAAGUGUUCCUCGACAUGGCGGUUUUAGUAGAAUCUCAAGGUGAACAACUAGAUGACAUUGAGAGUCAAGUGAAUAGAGCUAACUCAUUUGUUAGAGGGGGUGCUCAACAAUUGCAAGUAGCAAGAAAACACCAAAAGAAUACAAGAAAAUGGACUUGUUUUGCCAUCAUUCUUUUGCUUAUCAUCAUCUUGAUAGUUGUUCUUUCCAUUCAGCCAUGGAAGAAAUGAGUGGGUGGCGUAUGUUGCUCGGACUCUUCAGAAAUGACAUCGGGUGCGUGUUGGACUCUUCAGAAGUAGUGCGUUUUUGGAGGAUCCAACAGGAGCCCGACAGCAUUUCUGGAGAGUGCAAGCAAAUGGUGGGAAGGUCUUUUGGUUUAGUUGGGUGGAGUACGUUGCUCGGACUCUUCAAAAAUGACAUCGGGUGCGUGUCGGAACCUUCAAAAGUAGUGCGUUUCUGGAGGAUCCAACACGGGUGCGGCAACAUUUCUGGAGAGUCCGAGUAACUGGUGGAAAGGUCUUUGGUUUAGUUGGGUGGAGUACGUUGCUCGGACUCUUCAAAAAUGACAUCGGAUGCGUGUCGGAUCCUUUAAAAAUAGUGCAUUUCUGGAGGAUCCAACAUGGGUACGGCAAUAUUUCCGGAGAGUCCGAGCAACUGGUCGACGGACCCCUUUUAAUUUUUUCUUUUGAAUGUUUUAUAGUUUAUUAUUUUAGUCAUGCUUAUUUUUUUGUGUAUUUUGGGAUAUUUUUCUUAAUGGGGGUUCCAGUGUGUUAUUCUAUUUGGGAUUCUUUAUUGUAAUUAUUGAUGUUUUUAGAGUAUAUUUUUUUUGUUGUGACA